AAUUUUAUAUUUAUGUAUUUAGACACAAAUAAAUAAACAAAAUAACUAUCUAAUAAUGCUCAGCAAAGAAUAAAUUAAAAAAAAAAAAAGAUUUGAAAGAAAGAGAUUUUGGAAAGAAAAGAUUAAGAAAAAACAGCUUGGAAGAGGCGCAAAGAGAAGACCUCACAAUUUGAAAGUUUCGAGAAAGACAACAGCCGCCAACGGCCAUUCUUCAUAUGAGUUUGAAAGGCAAAAGGAAACAAGUGAACGCAACUAAACCUUAAACGAAUUUAAUGAAAAUUUUUUGAAAUAAAAAAAUUCGUUGAUUAACUCGAAGAGCGCAGAAAGCAUCUAAUCCCGCAUUAGCGUGCAAUCUCCACGACAGGCAACCUAAAAGACUCUUGCGUUCGACUAAAUUUAUAUUAAAGCGCGCUGACGCUCACUGAACACACGAUUAACGCAGCUAUAACAAGCCGCAAAGAAAAAAAAAAAGCUGUUAUUACCAACGUGCAGCCGAAAAAAACACAAAUUGCAAGACCAGAAAGUGUCAGCAACACCGCUUAGAUUACAAAUCUGCCGUGUGCAUUUUACUUAUUUUACUCAAACAACGCAGUGCCUUGAGGCGUACCACAGCAAUUUAGCUAAUACUAAGCGCUUGCCUCUGCCCCUGCUGCCCACCUAGCGUAGACAACGUGUGAUUCAUACGCCGACACGUCAUCCGCGCGCCGCAAAGUACGUCGACUGCAUGCGUUCGCCGUCUACAAAUUAUUAUUAUUGUGUUUAAAUCACCAACACCGGCGACAGCCAAAUCGUACAAAAGCUGUGGGUCUGUUACCAACGCUGCCAGCACACCGAUCGAGGCGUCUUUGCAAAACCCACACGUUUCCUUGGUGCGACGUACGCGCAGCAGCAAGCGACAGUCAGUAAGCAGUAGCUAGCCGAAACGUUUAAAGCGCAGCUCAGCCACAAGCUUCAGUUGGGCUUGCCUUCCGCACACGCGCACACAGCUAACGUGAGACGCGAGGCGCGAGCGCGUCUAAUAAGUCAAAAAGAAAAAUAAAAUAAAACUGAAAACAAGUAUUAAAUUGACAACAGCAACAAACAAUAAUAAUAAAUUAGCAACGCUACAUUGUUUUGUUUCAUCGUCUCCGUCGUCGCAGUCGUGUCUCUUUUUUACUUAUUUUAAAUUAUCGUUUGGGUUGUCGAAGCAAUUCAUAUUUGGCGAUGGCGUCACAAGGUGUCACAGCAGCCAAUUCAAGGCUGGCUCAGAUGCAGAUGCGUUUCCAACAGAAACAACAACAAGAGCGUGAACAAAGACGUAUAGAAAUGACCGAUGAGAGCGGCAACAAUGUGGAUGAAGUGGCGGAAACCAAACGGAUAACAAAUGGCAAGGUACGUCAAAUGUUCGAUGAUCGUCGUCGUGGUGCGGGCAUCGAUCGUGCCAACCCCCUUAAACCCAUCGCCGCAACAUCCAAGGUUACGACGUCUGUUGUACGUCAAGCUGGUGGCGCCGUACAUAACACAUUGCAUACGAGGAAUGGCAAUACGACGACAGUUCGUACGCGUGUUUCACCCAAUGUAUCUGGUAACACCACGCAGUCGCGUAAUCCAACGAAACGCAUGCAAAAUGGUAAUACUGAGGCGUUAACCAAAGAGAUGUCAUCGCUUAGUUUGGGCCUACAAUCGCCGGUUGAACGCAAUAAUAACGACGUGUUGGGACGUGUGAAAUCGUCGAAUAGCCUUAAACUCAAUCCGGUUGUGACCAAGAAGUCACCCUCGCCGGCACCACCAGUCGCCAAAGGUAUAACUAAUACCACACCUGCAGCACCAAGCACACGCGUGACGCCAGUGUCGAGACCGAGCUCGAACAGCAAAACCCCGAAACAGCGUACUGCUGUAAUUUCACUGAAGACACCGCCUAGACGAACUUCGGGUAGCAUGACUUCUAAUACUCAGCAUCGCAUGCCGUCCACGGCUGAUAUGGAUACAGGCAAUAUGAGUCUAUGUCGUUAUUGUAACCGUCACUUUAAUGCGGAACGUCUUGCCAAGCACGAAAAGAUCUGCGAAAAGAUGGCUCAUACUAAGCGUAAGAUUUUCGAUGCAGCCCGACAUCGUUUGCGCGGCACUGACGCGGAAAAAUAUGUCAAGAAGGCUCAAACACGCAGCAGCGGCAAAUCAGGUUACUCCAGCGCUGCCGCAGCUAGUGGCAUGUCAGCUGGUUUGAAAAAGAACAAUUGGCGUAAGAAACACGAAGAAUUCAUACAAGCCAUCCGCGCCGCUAAGCAAGUACAAGCGCAUUUGGCACGCGGCGGCAAGUUGAGUGAUCUACCACCCCCGCCACCCUCAGAGAAUCCCGACUACAUACAGUGUCCGCAUUGUUCGCGUCGCUUUAAUGAAUCGGCAGCUGAGCGGCAUAUUCCUCGUUGCGCUACUAUGCUGCACAACAAGCCGAAACCGGCACAAGGAACGCAACGAAGAAGAUAGACGGCUCUUCAAACGAAAAUCAGCUUUUAUACAAUGACAUGCACACGCAUACCUAAAAAAACACUUAAUCUCAUAGUAACUAACGAAUGCAGACAACAGUAACGUGGAUACGCGAUUCGCCUCAUGGGUGCUACCGACCGGAGUCCAAUAUUUUCUGCGUGGACCGCCAAGAGUAUAGAUGGACGAGUUAAUGUUAACGUAAACAGCGGUAUACAUACACACCCUGUACAUGUGAUAAAUUAUUAUUGUAAACUUGACUUUUGGAAGAUUAUUAAAACAUAAACUAAAUCGAAA